AGAGCCCUAAUUUCAUGGCGCUGGGGCGAUGCUUUCGUGGUGCUCGAGUGCUCGGCUCCAAUCUCUCAUCCGGUUAGUUCUUCUUCUUCUUCCAUCGCAUUCGCGGCGGCGAUGAUCUGGACGAACAGCGGAGAAAAGAAUGCGUCUACAGUCCGGGCAGGGUUUCUAGUCCAGAUUAGUAGCGGGAUUUCGUUGACUCUUAGGUGAGGAGGGGGGACGAUUGAUCGAUUGAGCGAUUAGCAGCGAUAGAAAUGUCGAGGGGAUUGCUCAAGGCACAAUCCAUCGAUGCGAUGCAGGUAGCGGUGAAGAAGGCGUCCCAGAGCCUGGCCGAUUGCUCCUCGAUCGCGGCGCUGCCGGCGCUGAUCUGCUCGGAGCAGCACAAGCUCAUAGAGGCGACGUGGCCGAAGAGUCGGGCCUCGAGCCUCCAGCAAGCGCUGUGGCCGCCGAUCGAGGAUUUGAAGGAGGAAUUGAUGAUCGGAGAGGAGAGUGAGAAGGUAGCAGGGAAAAGGAGGGAGGAAGAGGGGGGGAAGAUUUUUUUUCUUUGGUGGCAGGAGCUCUUUAGACUCAAGAAGGUGAAGGUUAAGAAUCCAUCUUUGAGACGGUUGCUCAGUGGUGCGUUUGCAGGAGCAGUGUCUCGAACUGCUGUGGCACCACUUGAGACGAUCCGGACGCAUUUGAUGGUUGGAAAUGCUGGGAACUCCGUCGGUGCUGUGUUCGUCCAUAUCAUGCAGCACGAAGGCUGGCAAGGAUUGUUUCGAGGCAACGGGAUCAAUGUCAUCCGCGUCACUCCUAGCAAAGCUAUCGAGUUGUUUGCUUACGACACUGUGAAGAAGGUCUUGCAACCGAAAGAAGGAGAAGCCCCGAGGAUCUCCUUUCCACUUCCAGUUCCCACAAUCGCUGGUGCUGCCGCUGGAGUGUGCUCCACAGUCCUAACUUACCCCCUGGAGCUCUUGAAAACGCGACUCACAGUCCAGAGGGGCGUCUACGACAAUCUCUUGCACGCCUUCCUGAAGAUCGUCCAGGACGAAGGGCCCCUGGAGCUCUACCGCGGCCUGGUUCCCAGCGUCAUCGGCAUCAUCCCUUACUGCGGGAUAAACUACCUGGCCUACGAAUCUCUCAAGAAAGGCUACCGGAGGUUGGCAAAGGAGGAUCGAGUGGGGCAUCUGGCAACGCUCUUGAUCGGUUCCGCCGCUGGAGUGAUCUCGAGCAGCGCUACGUAUCCCCUGGAGGUGGCGAGGAAGCAAAUGCAAGUGGGAGCUCUAAAUGGGCGACAGGUCUAUCGCCAUCUCUUCCAUGCCUUGAGCGGGAUCGUGGAGAAGCAAGGCGUCGCCGGACUCUACCGUGGAAUCGGUGCAAGCUGCAUCAAGCUCGUCCCCGCCGCCGGGAUUUCUUUCAUGUGCUACGAGGCGUGUAAGCAGAUCCUACUGGACGAGGAAGAAGCUACUAGCAAAAAUGGCUAAGAAAACUUUGCGAAAGAAUAACAUCAACUUUUGGAAGUUAAUAAGAUUUUAGGGCUCUUCAUUUUUAA